CUAUAUGCAUAAUCCCCUAUUCCGCCACUUGUUUCAGCACGAAUCUUCGCAAACACCAGAACGAGCUUCUUCCUCGCGACAGUCAAAAACGGUCACAGCAACCUUCAUAAGUGCAUCCUCGGCCCAGGAAGGUGGCAAGGUCAUUGCCCGGGCUCUGAUGGCGAAGUUGAGUCGAGUACUGGGCAUGCCGUGUGAGUCCAGUGAGCCCAGUGAACUUGAUCGUUCACUUGUCUCUUUUGGCGUGGACUCUCUUGUGGGUCUUGAACUGAAGAAUUGGCUUAGCAAAGAAGCAGGCGCCGAUCUUGCCGUGUUUGAAAUUCUCAGUGGUGCGACUUUCGAGGAGAUUGGCGAGUUGGUUGCUGUCAGGAGUGCACUGAGACCUGUUGAUUGGAGUGCGAAAUAG